AUGUCUUGGUUGUGCUAUGUAGAGCCUAGACGUUUCUCCUCCCCGCCCUGUACAUCCCCUCACCUUCCCUGCAAGAUCCUCCGCCCCGUGGCCAAAAACCAAGACACCGGGCAGCUUCUAACCGUCGGAGCCGACGUCUCGGACCUCAACCCGCCGUCACCGUCAUCACCGCACUGCGCGACGCCUUCCCUCCCCGCCCGUGUCGUGUGGCGCCACCGGUGGGCAUCCGUCCCGAUGCUGAGCCCCGCGCUGGCAGGCGGAGCGCGGAGUCCGACGGCGCCGUCCGUCACAGUGACCCAGCGCGCCUCCGAGCGGCGCCGCGUUCACCACCCGCGUGCUUCGUGCAUGCGCCGGCCACUGCGUCGCGCCGGAGGACCUGACAUACGGGUUAUAACGCCGGGCAUGCGUGCAGAAUAUCUCACGUCGGAGCUGCUGCGGGACGAGGAUACGGUGCUGGGGCGCGGCCGCACGCCUGGGCGCAUCUCGGUCGCGCCGUGGGCCGUGGCCGCCUGCGGAGGACCCCGGCGCGCACGCGACGACUGGCGCAAAUGGGGGCUUUGGCGCCGCGGGGGCGCGACGCACCUUGUUCUACAGCACGGCGCGGGAGAAUGCGGCGUCGUAGGUCCGCGCACGCUGGGGCUGUGGCCGUUUGGAUACACGUGGAAACUUGCUUGUUCAGUAGGGCGACGGCCGAUGUAA